AUGGCAGACCAAACAGCCCUGGUUACUCUUUACAGGUGCCCGGCAUGCAGAAAAGGUGGAUUCAAGAGUCUUCACGCUCUCACUGCUCAUUUCAAGGCUUUAGACCAUUCCCUCAUUUGUGCACAGUGCAAUUAUGCAACAGUAGGUGAUGCAUGGUCUUUUGUACGGCACUUUCAGAGGAAUGAUGAUUGUGAAUCAUCCUGCGACUUGACUUCCAUAAUGUACUAUCGCCGUGAGAAACAGAACGCCGUGCCACAAAGGCCACUUGCCAAAGAAGGGGCCAAGCGAUCCCCAAAUCCUCAGGCAAAGCCACAGCCCACUAUGUCAACAAACACGCAGCAAAGUACCAUCCUAAAAGAAUCGGAUGCAUAUCAGAACUUAGCUCAGAACACCGCUUUAUCAACAGAUACUAUUAAUUCAUUGACCUCAUCAAUUGACAAGUUAUCAAUCGGCGAUGCACCUGUAUACACAGUCACACAAGAGGCACGAUUAACCAAUAUCCCAACGGCCCUCAAUACUCAGCACUGUAUGUCCCAAGGUGAUAUGGGUUUGGAAUAUCUGCAGGCAAAACGACACUCGCUAGCUCGCCUUCAAGCAGAAGGGUACUUUUUGGGCCUAUCACAUAUGACCAAGGACCAGAGAGGAGGUAAACGCGCUCUUAGAGAUGAAGACUACCUCCAAACGCCAACUACAUUCCCUACCACCAAGAGAACGGCGAUCGUUGUCGACUGUGAAAUGGUGGGAGUUGUGGGCGGGCGUUCGGCGGUCGUCUCCCUCAGCGCAAUUGAUUUUUUCACCGGAGAGGUUUUGAUAGACACUAUUGUGAACCCGACAGAGAGGGUUAUCGAUUGGAGAGCCAGAUAUAGCGGUGUUUCAUUAGCCCGGAUGCGCCGUGCUUGUGCUUCUGGGGAGGCACUCCGAGGCUGGAAAGCAGCGCGUCAAAGGUUGUGGGGAUUCAUGGACGUGAAUACGAUUCUUAUUGGCCAUUCCCUUGACAAUGAUCUCGAGGUUCUUGGAAUACUGCACCAUAAUAUCGUGGAUACCGCUAUAUUGACCGCGGAGGCUGUCUUUCUUCCCACUUCUCAUACCACGCGAAUGAGACGCAGAUGGGGCCUGAAGCCUCUUGCCGAUGAACUCCUAAAGCGUGACAUACAAGUCGGAAAAGGGCACAGUGCUUUGGAAGAUGCAAGUGCAACUCGAGAUGUUCUUUUUUGGUGCAUGUGCAAUCCGUACUUACUGCAAGCAUGGGCUGGACAAAAUAGAGUCAAGGAGGAAAAACGUGUCGCUGAUGAAAAGGCAAAACGUGCCGCUGCCAGUGAUGCGAAGAAAAAGCUUGCUGCUGAUGCAAAGGGCCGGAGACACAUCAAAGAAAGAGAGCCUAGUAGAAAGCAAAGUGCCCUUCAGACAACCACCUCAAGUGACGGCUAUAACGAUGGAUAUAACCAAGCUUCGCAACGCGAGGGCUGGCAUAUAGCUCCAACUGGGUACCUCAGGGCUACUUUAUCAUAUGAAUAG